AUCUCUUCUGAUCCCAUCAUCCAUUCAUAUGAUGUCCCCCGGAAUCGCCAUCAUCGGCGCCGGCCCCGGCGGCCUAACUCUAGGCGCCCUCCUCCACAAACACGCCAUCCCAUUCACCAUCUUCGAGCUGCGCCAGCAACCAACAGCCGAAGAACUAUCAAAACCAUCCGGUAUGCUCGAUCUCCACGAAGGGUCCGGCCUCGCCGCCAUCCGCGAAUGCGGGUUAUACGACGAAUUCCUCAAGCACACCGGCGACUGCGCCGAGACGCAAAGAGUGGCUGAUAAAGACGGGAAUAUCCUCUACAGCGAUGACAACGACGGCAAUAACCGACCAAGUGAUCGCCCUGAAAUUGCGCGGCACGCUCUGCUGGCUAUUCUGGCCACAAAAGUACCUGAACACUGCAUCAAAUGGGGGCACAAGCUUCUCUCUGCGAGGAUUACCGGCGUCAGCACAGAAACAGAGCUAGAUUUCGGGUCCCAGGGGAAGCAGACAUUCGACCUCGUCAUUGGCGCAGACGGCGCGUGGUCAGCGGUCCGCGCUCUCCUAACGGAUAUCAAACCGCACUAUGCAGGAAUCCAAAGUAUCACGCUGACGAUCGAGAAUAUCAGCACGCGGUACCCUCGUCUGGCGGCGCUGAUUGGGCGAGGGAGUUUCUUGUCGCUUGGGCUGCGGCAUGGGGUGAUUACGCAUCGGGGACCGAGGGACUCAGCGCGCGUGUAUGUCUUUCUCACGGCGGAUGAGCGGUUUGAUGGGGAGGGGAUGCGAGUGGGCAGUGUCACGAAGGAGCAGUUACUCAGUGACGAGGCUCUGCUGGGAAGGUUUGGUGACUCAGUGAAGGAGUUGGUUGCUGUUGGUGUUGCGUGCGAUGACAGCGUUGAGCGGCUUGAUGGGGCGGUUGAUGCCAAACCGCUGUAUAUGCUGUCGAUUGGGGCCGCGUGGGCGCACAAGGCUGGUGUGACUAUCGUUGGGGACGCGGCCCAUCUGAUGUGUCCGUGGGCUGGGGAGGGGGUCAACCUUGCGAUGUGUGAUGCGCUGUUACUGGCGAAGGUCAUUGUCGAGGCGUGGGAGGCUGGGCAGGAUGUCGGCCAGUUUCAGGCCGCCCUAAACCCGUUACUGAGGCAGUUUGAAGAAGAUAUGGUGGCGCGCGCGAAGGAGAAGGCAACGGAGACGUUGAGUAAUGGACUGAUGAUGUUUGGGGAAGAUGGAGCGAAGGGUAUGGCCCAGUUCUUCUUGAGCAUGGGACCGGGACAGUGAUGGACUGUCAUAACUGAUAGAUCUGAGUAUUUUGGACUUAUCUGAUCAGGGGGAGCAGGGGUAUAGCGCUACAUAGACUUCAUAGAUCAUCUUAAUAAGAGAAAUAUCGCAC